AUGGCUUCAAAAACAUUGUGCGUCCUCGGGGAUGCGAACGCCGGCAAGAAGACUCUGACCUGGCACCUGGUCUUCACGUGCGGGGCUUCCCUUCCCGAGAUUGCACCAAUCGAGAAGAGUCGGAUUUGCGAUUAUCGUGGCAUCGCAACCCUUUAUCGACAGAAAGGCAGACCCGUCUCAUUCUACGGCCCUUCGGCCCAAUACACGAUCACAGGUGACCAUGACUAUCCUCCACAUCUGGAACAGACUAACCAUUCCACUGAAGACAUUCCUGGAAUUGCCGAUAUUGCCCUCUGGGCUGUAGAUGCGUCUGCUGAUGACUACGGAGCACGUUCGAGCCAAAGUCUUGCGUCCCUCUUGUCUUCUGGGAAGCUCCGUGUCGAGGAGCAGCUGAUUAUAGUUGCUACUAAAAUGGAUCUGGCCAACUGGUCGGAGACCGUAUUCGCGCAGGUCGCACACUCGUUCACUAAGAUCAAGCUGGCGCAUUUCAAAAUCAGUAUUGUGCCAGUCUCUGGCCUGCACGGGGAUAACCUUGUUGAGAAGUCAGACAAGGCGGCACACCUUCAGCCUGCGGGCAAGAUAGAGGAGGGGGGGCUGGCAGUCUUGGGUGCGCGACCCCUGAUGUCGCUGCUGUGA